CACAGAAACCUGACGCUGGUAAAUGACCGUGUACAUACAAGGAGCUGGCACCGCGGCUAUAUCCGUCCCUGCAGGCCCCGCCCCCAAACCAUAGAGCAGAGGGGGGCGGGACAGAGCGGCGCCAAUCAUAGAGAAGACGUGAGGAGAGAGCGGACGAUGCGGAAGUGCAGGUGGAGCUGAAGAUGACAGGAUGACACAAUGGAGGACGCUGGGCCCUCCCUGCUCCCCGACAGCCUCCUCUACCAGAUCUUCCUCAGCCUGGGCCCUGUAGAUUUGCUGGCGGCGGGGCUGGUGUGUCGGCGCUGGUACCAGGUGUCCAGGGAUGACUUCCUGUGGAAGGAGCUGUUCUACCGCCAUUACCAGGUGCAGCGGCACAUUCAUCGCUACCCAGGUUCUGACUCGUGGUACGAGGAGUUCCAGCGCCUUACUGACAGCGUUCCGUGUGUGGCGGUGGAGCGGCUCCGGGAGCACACAGACCAGGUCCUGCACAUCAGCUUCUCACACUCCGGAGAUUUCUGCGCCUCCUGCUCCAAGGACUGCACGGUGAAGAUAUGGAGCACCAGACACCCCAUAUCCCUCCAGCACAGCGCCAACAUGAGGCCGCACCACUGGAACUACACCCAGUUCUCCCAGUUUAACUCUGAUGACACGCUCCUCCUGGUGUCCGGGGUCUUCGUAGGACCCCACAACUCCUGUGCAGGAGAAAUCGCCGUCUUCAGUCUUGAUGGGUUUAACCUUCUGUCCCGCGUGAGGAAUAAACCCUACGAUGUGUUUGGCUGCUGGCUGAAUAACACGCACCUCAUCUCGGGGAACCUGCACCGUAUGGGCCAAGUCACCUCCUGCUCCGUGCUCUGGUUAAACAAGGCCUUUCAGGAUGUGGAGUCCGAGAACCUCAAUGUAGUGAAGAGACUCUUCAAAAUUCAGAAUCUGAACGCCAGCACUAUCCGUAUGGUGAUGGUGGCCGACUCCCCGGAUGUACUGGUGGAGGCUGGAAAUAAAGUGGAAGAGGUCAAACAAGCAUCACCACAAACGGAGGAGGAAGAAAAGGACAGCACUGAGGAGGAGGACGAGAGGGAGAGGGACAUUGUUGGGGAGGACGCUCAGAUAGCAGCCGCCCUUCAAUUCUUCAUGAACGACCACAUCCAAGAACAGCAGGAGGCGCCGCAGCAGCCUACACUCUCUGAGGAGCAGUUUGAGACUAAGGUGGCCCAGUGGUACGCGAAAUACCGGACAAAACAACCGGAUGGUCCUCACGACGCUGGGGAGGGGAGCAAGAAGUAUCUGAUCUUCACCACCGGCUCCCUGACGUACUCCCCCCAUCAGAUAGGAAUUAAGCAGCUUCUUCCCCAUCAGAUGACCACAGAGGGGCCGGUGCUGGGCGAGGAGCGGGGCCCCAACGAGUUCUUCGACUCCCUCGACCAUGUGAUUAACAUUCAUGGUCACAUUAUAGGCAUGGGCCUGUCUCCGGAUCACAGGUAUCUCUAUGUAAAUAGCCGCUCCUGGCCUAAAGACUGCGUGGUUUCCGAUCCCAUGUACCCGCCGCCCAUCGCCGAGGAAAUAGAGCUUCGAGUCUUUGACCUAAAGACCCUGCGGGAGGUGAAGGACCCUCUGCGAGCCCACCGGGCGUACACCCCAAAUAAUGAGUGCUUCUUCAUCUUCCUGGAUGUCAGCCAAGACUUUGUGGCCAGCGGGGCGGAGGAUCGCUGCGGCUACAUCUGGGACCGUCACUACAACACCUGCCUGGCCACCCUGCCCCACGACGACGUGGUGAACUCCGUGGCUUUCUGUCCUGUUGAUCAGGAGCUUCUGCUGACCGCCAGCGACGACUGUAGCAUCAAGGUGUGGCGCUCCAGACGCUCGCUGCGCUGCUCCCAGGACUUGGCGCGGUCAUCCCCGUGGUCUGCAGCCUAUGACACCUAAUGCUUCCGCUUCCUCCAUCGUGUAAUGACUAUAGCGCCAGUGACCGCGUUCGCCCCAGGACUGGAGUCAGGACUGUCGAUAAACGCGCAGGUUGUAAGCAACAGAGGACACCUUACUGCGUCAUCACAUUUCAGUGAACCGGACAGAGGACACGUUCUAUUCCUUCCGUUCCUGGUAAACAAUAGCGUAAGAUUAAAAGACGAGACCCUAAAAGUGGUGAUCUCUGACCUGUGACCCUACAGCAGCUGCCAAACUACACCUUCCAACAUGGGCCGGAGACCGCUUGCCUUAAAUGGGUUACUUUGCUGCUCAGCGUUU